GAGAGAAACAGCUAUUUCGACUCAAAAGUACUAAGCAGACAACAUGCAGAGAUUUGGGAGGACAGUGGAAAGAUAUACAUCAAAGAUGUGAAAAGUUCUAAUGGCACUUUCAUCAAUGGAGAGCGACUCAGCCCAGAAGGAGUCGAGUCUGAGCCAUUUGAGCUCAAAAAUGAUGAUAUCGUGGAAUUCGGUAUUGACAUCAGUGGUGAAGACAACAAGACCACAAUCCACCACAAAGUUGCUGCACGCAUCAUGUGCGUAUUCACAGAUGAAGAUGUGCACCUCGCUGCCCGCAUAGAGGUCAUCCCAUCAUCCACCUCUCUUCCCCCCAAUAUCCCCUCUGUCCUUCCUCCCGCCACUUCAUCAUCUGGAAGUUGUUACAAUAACAUUUAG